AUGGCCGCCCCUACUCAAGACUGGACCACCGAGCAGCUCCUCUCGGACGCUGUCAGCAAGAAGGACAUUGUCACUUUUCUCCACCUCAGCGCCUCGCAUGACUUUUUGGUCGAGUUCAAGUUGACCGGAAAGCUCCCCACCGUCGUCAAGAACGCCAAGAAGGAUUCGCUGUUGGAGGCAUACAACUCGCUCUUCACCCGCAAGGCUUUCCGCGGUGCUGACGAGCCCUCGGAAGAGGAAAUCUUGGCUGCCAAGAGCACCACCCCCACCGAGACCAAGGUCGAGGCCGCUGUUGAGUCUGGCCCCCCAAAGUUCACCAAGACCGUCCUCAAGAAGGGUGACAAGAUCGGUUUCCCCAGAAAGGGCAGCAAUGUCGCAGUGUUCUACACAGGAUACUUUGACGACGGAACCAUGUUCGACACGAACGACAACACAAAGAAGAAGAGCAACCCCCUCCGCUUCAGGGUCGGUGCUGGACGUGUGAUCCCUGGAUGGGACGAUGCCAUGUUGAGCAUGUCCCGUGGUGAGAAGGCCAAGAUUAUCGUCGAGGCCGAGCACGCCUACGGCAAGAAGGGUCUCUCAGAUGUCAAAGUCCCUAUUCCCCCCAACACCCGUCUUACCUUUGAGGUCGAGUUGGUUUCCUUCGACUAA